GUUUGACAAUUAAUAAAAAUAUGGCGAGAAAACAAUAAAAAAUGUUAUAUAUUGGCUCUCACAAUGAAUUAUUACAUUAAAAUUUAAAAGCUUAGACGGAUUUAAAGCAUUUAAUCGCUAAACAAUCUUUAAGACUAUAACCAUGACUAAUGAUUUCUAAUUUAAAAGCAGUCCAUAAACUGUUUGUGAUAUUUUUCUCUAAAAUAAUGAUGAGGCAUUGAUAUACAAUGUUAAAACAACAAAACAAAACGAUAUCACGAAGCGUUCACCCUUACCAAACAACUGUGGUACCUCGAACCGAACUACAACUUUCAUCGGCCGCCCAACAAAGAGCAAAGUUUCCUUGGGCUGAAGGCGUCAAUACUCCCGUCUACCAAGUUGCUGGGACUGAUAGCUCCACGUCAGAAAAUGCGUAUCAUAUGCCCGUCUACUACCAAAGCUCUCAGAGAGAUAAUGGUCCUCCAUCACCAGUCUACCAAAUGCCCUACGCUACAGGCACAUGGCGUAGUUACAAAAAAUGUGAUAAUGUUGCAUCAAAGCCGAUGCCCACAACAUAUGCCUUCCCUCCUUGUGCCUCAUCUUUUUCAUUGCCAACAUGUGACGAUCACACGAGAACGAUGACUCAUUCCCCUGUCCCUACAUUACCCUCUGUGAGCCCUGAAGUUCCUAUUAUUGGGGCCUGCGGAGGCCAUUGUCCAGGAUUUGAAUAUGUGUGCUAUUAUAUUUUACAAGUAAUUUUUGUAGUUGGUAUAUUAACAGGAAUCUCGUUGUGUAUUGCUGGAAUUGUAUUGCGUAGGACAAACCGCAACGGUGAUCUGGGCGUUUUAGUUUAUAUUGGAAGUCUAUCGUCAUGUGUGUGUGGAGUACUUCUAGGAGUACAGUGUUGUGUCCGUCGUGAAAUAAGACAGAGGAAGUUGAGAGCUAAUUUGCACAUUCCUAUGCAGGCUAUACCAGAGGCUCCCCAAAUUUGUCCAUUAUUGACAUCUACUUUACCUCAUAGUCAAGUUUACAGGCCCACUACAGCCAAUGUAUGUGAUGAAGACUUACCAGGCGUCCCUUGGUGGCGUCGUGCCAGAGACUGAUUAGUUUUAAAUUUAUUUGCUAUACUUUUUCUAAUGUAACUUUGUUAUAUAAAUAAACAGAUAUCGCUUUUC